AUGAGGAAACACCCUGAGCUUGCUGUCGCUCCCGUGCCUACACGAUGGCAAUUCGAGCUGUCUCCUAAGAAGGACCAAGAGCUUGAUCCGAUACCCCAGAACGAUGUUUUAGAUAGGGAUAUGCCAUUGGAGAUGUCGAAGGUCGUGGAGGUUAUCGAAAAACUAACGGCCAUUGGGGUGCCAGACUCUCUAUUCGCACCCUCAGGGGGUAAACAAAACUCAGGCAACGUGAUAACAACUGAAGAACAAGAUUUGCAGGGCUAUCGCGACGAACACGAUCCUCAAUCAAUUGUGCAAGCGGCGGCCCCAUCUGAUCUUGAAGCCUGGCUAUCGUGGUCCGAAGAUACGAGGGAGAUAUCCUCGUCGCCCAGCAAUUUGGACAGUAACUCACAGGGAUUUCCCUGGCAUGAGAAAGACUUCGAUUCUCAUGCCGAUGAGAUAGCAUCUGUUGAUAAUUCAGUGCAACCUUUCAAGGGCAAAAGCUCAAUCUGGGACAGCAGCAUCUGGGGGUCAUCGAAGAAGAAUAAGACUGCGAGAGAGGACAAAGCCCGUGAGAAGAAAGAAGAGAAGUACCAUCUAGAACAAGAGGUCAAAGAAGCGGAGGAAGUGGCAGAGCUCUCUCAGGAUCAACUCCCCUCAGCUUAUGAGAAGGAAGAUGAUAGCGUUUCUGUGGACUCAUCUUAUGCUGCCUCAGUCUUCUCCAUCGCAUCUCUCGCGUCUGCUGCAACCGAUCUAUCGCAAGCCAGUGGCUACUCCGCAGUCCAGAUCGCCACUGCUACCAGAGAACUCAUCAAUAUUUUCCAAGAGGACAAGUUUUUGGUUCCCCUCUACCAGAGUGCUAUGCUUAGUACCUCGAUAGGACCGGACAGACUGCUGAGAAAUCUGCGCAGGCUAUUCAAGUCAUACGCAAAAGACCUGGGAGAAGAAGCCGAGGAGCGGCUCGAUUUCCUGGCAUCGCGACUCGUUGCCUUGAGGGCUCGAGAUCUUGCUCAGUCCAUUGUACGAAAAUUCCAGCCUGAGCAGUCCAUGUCGCAGAAUAACACGGCACACCAUGAAAAGUCUGAUGAUGAGUCUUCUGAUGAAGAGCUUGGGUCAAGCUCUGUGAACGACAGUCAUUUUGAUGACACCAGGAUAUUCCGGGAAUUUUUGGUCAGAAGUACUGCUUUCGCAACCCUUUGCACACAGAUACAGUCUUUUGUAUUGUCCAGGUCUUACGAACCUGCCACGGCAGAACCAAGGGACUCAGCUCAAGGCCCAAAAGUGGCAACAUGUGCUCCAUCGACAAAGGGCCUAGAAGAGGUAGAUUCCAAAACGUGGCGUAGGUGGAGUAGCGACGUAGCUCAGACUGUUGAUGCGAUCUUCAUUCAUGAUACACAACUUGUUUGCAGUCUUCUGACCCAGCUAGCUUUUGAUGCUUUUUCUCUGGUCACAGAUAGAGCGUUUAUCGCCACCGGGCUUCUGGAGCCUCCUCUAUCCCCUGGAUUCAUCCGUUUGCGAUGGGAUUGCGGUUGCGGCGAGAAUAUAUUCAGUGAUAUCAAGGAGCUUCAGAAGGGCGGCAUCCGAGAGCUUGCUGCUCGUAUGCAAGAUUCGACAGGGGUGAAGGUAGUCCCAUCAUCUUACAACCAACGCUCGGGCAAUCAGCAGUACAGCAUACCGGUUCACUUAAAAUGGUUUAGGAGCACACCCACUUCAUCUCAAACUGGUCGAAGAAAGACCACCCGCCUCUCUUCCGAUCAGUCCUCUACAACAGCCUCGACAACCACUUGUGCAGCCAAUCAAGGAAGCAAGCCUCAUAAGCCUAUGCUCCACCUGAUGGCUUGUGUCCAUGAUGGACGUUCCGGAAUGAUCCUCCAACAAGACCGUAUCGAAGAGCUGUUCACAGAUUGCGCCCUGAUACAAUUUUUGCGAACCCAAUACCGAAAACGUCGUAGUCGGCUUCGCACUAUACUCUCUCUGAAGCGCGUGCAGGGCAUCUUUUUCGUCAAGUUCCAUCUUCCCAUGGGCAGUAGCGUAAUAAUCCGACCACACGGAGUAUCAUGCAUUCCUCUCGACAGUAUAUCGAGUAGCUCAGCCACCACAAUGUGCGAGUGUCUUCCACCCAAAGCUAGAGUUGAACCCAUUAACACUGCGGAAUACCAAUGUUAUCCAGUUCCGCCAAAGACCUUCCCACCUGUGCCGCCAGAGUACCUACGGUCACUCUUCACGUGUCACAAGGAACCGCACCCAAUGAGCACGUGGAUUAUACAACAGCUUCCAAAACGGAAGUGGGGUGAGCUGUUUGGGCAACCGGAUCAGCCAGCUGAGGGUUGGGGUAUCUAUUACAAGGAGGGUUGGGAUCCUGGUAUGAUAGCUAUCUUUGUGUUUCUACUGUUACUGGCGAGUUUACUAUUCGGUAUCCUGUGGACGGCAUUGAGAUCUGAUAUCCAAGGAGCGUUUGGGGUUGCGUCUUGGAUAGUCGCUAUUGGUGGAGCUCUGCUGGCUGUGAUUGUCACGCAAGUGGACAACAUGUGA